AUGGAGGCGGUGCUCGCCGCCUUCUCGGCCGCCUCCGCCGCCUACAGCGCCGCCGCGCUCGCCGGCCGGCCGCCCUCCGCCUCCGCCGCCCCCGCUGUCGCCCCGGGAGCCAAGGCCGCCGCCGCCGUCGCCGCCGCCGCGGUGGCCGCCGCCGCCGCCGGGGGCGGGGCGGCGUUGGGGGCGGUCGGUCGCCCGGUCCCUCCCCCGCCGCCGCCCCCGCAGCCGCACAGGCAGCCGCAGCCGCCCCCGGCGCUGGACCCGGCGGCGCUGGCCGGCUCCAUCGUGGGGGCGGCGUACGGCGCCGGGGGCGGCGGGCUCUUCGGCGUGGGCGCGGGCGUGGGUGUGCCCGGCGUCUUCCCGCCGCCACAGCACCACCACCACCAGCAGCAGCAGCAGCCGCCCCCGCAGCCGCCCCCGCCGCCUUCGCAGCCGGAGCCGCCGCCUGACACCGCCAGGGGCUUCCAGCAUCAGGACGAAGCUGCAGACGUCGUCGCGUGCCGAGAUCGGAGGAUGCUCUACCGGCUCUCGUGUGACGCGGAAGGUCGCGUCGCUCCCGUGACGCUGGCCGGAGCUGAGCUGAGCUGA